GCAGGAGGGAGCGGCUCUGGUCGAGCGACGUUCACUGCGAACAGGAGAGAGAGUGAGCGGCGGAGAGCGCAGCGGAGCGGACGGGUGGAUGACUCAGACAGACAGUCAGGAUGCGUGAAUACAAACUGGUUGUUUUAGGAUCAGGAGGCGUCGGCAAGUCAGCUCUGACUGUCCAGUUUGUUCAGGGAAUCUUUGUGGAGAAAUACGACCCCACGAUAGAGGACUCCUACAGGAAGCAAGUCGAGGUCGAUGGACAGCAGUGUAUGCUGGAGAUCCUGGACACAGCAGGAACAGAGCAGUUCACAGCAAUGAGAGACCUGUACAUGAAGAAUGGCCAGGGCUUUGCUCUGGUUUACUCCAUCACGGCUCAGUCCACCUUCAACGACCUUCAAGACCUCCGAGAGCAGAUCCUCAGAGUGAAGGACACGGAAGAUGUUCCCAUGAUCCUGGUUGGAAAUAAAUGCGAUCUGGAGGUGGAGCGUGUGGUGGCCAAAGAGUCAGGCAUCGGUCUCGCUCGCCAGUGGAACUCCUGCGCCUUCCUUGAGACCUCGGCCAAGAGCAAGAUUAACGUCAACGAGAUCUUCUACGACCUUGUCCGACAGAUCAACAGGAAGAGUCCCGUUCCAGGGAAAACCCGCAAAAAGCCCACUUGUCAGCUUCUCUAAUGGCAGAUUCCUGCUCACCUGAUAACCAACCAACCAAUCACAGGACAUCUUCCAGCUGGCCACGCCCCUUUAACACAACCAUGUCAUCAUCAGCAUCAGCCACUCUGUUACCAUGACGAUCUCUUCUCCCAUCCUUCAUCACACUAUGUAAAGGAGACUGUUGCCUUGGAAACAUUAAAACAGAACAUCAAAGGACUGCUACGGUGGUGGCGAUGAUGAUGAUGAUUCUGCUGUUGCGGGAAUGCAGGGGCUUGAUUUAAACUACGGUUCCCAUCAUGCUCUCUGCUAGGCUGUCUUUGCAGUGGGGAGUGGCUUCUUGCUUUUUUUUUUUCUUUUCUUUUUAAAAAAAUGUAAACUUUUUUUUCCCGUUUCUUUCGCCUUAUUGUUUUCCGGCAGCCCUGAGCCAAUCACACGCAGUGUGACCGUCAGCUGUGUCGGCAUCGCCGCGGUGAUGACGAUGACGCCGACACAGCUGACCGUGUGUGUGUGUGGCUUUGGUGAAACCUGUGGAUUCAUACAGCGGUUAUUAUUACAGUGAUUAUUAUUAUGAUUCUUUGUGAAAACAAUUAAGUCAUUUUAUGUUUUUGAUUUUUGGGGCGGGAGGGGUGGGGGUGGGGGUGAGGCAGGGUUGGGGGUUGUAGCAGCAGGUCAAGAGGUUAGCUUACUGUGCUGAUAGCAGUGCUGUAAUUAAAAUUAGCCUAAAGUUAACAAACUGGGCGGAAUCAGGAAGAAUAUAGAUAUAACGGGAAGAUGUUAGGUGGCUUGUUGCCAUAGCAGCAUGGCGAGCUGACUCCUGAUCUGCUGCUCAGGGCGGACAUGUUGCCUUUUUGACAGCAGACUCACACUGGUCCAGUACCUUAACUCUGUGUGUGUGUUUGUGUGUGUGUUUGUGAGUGUAUGUGAGCUACGUAACAACAGUGAAGCAGGCCACUUUCUGUAAUGAUCGUUUUUUGACCUGCGCGGUUGAAACACUGAAUUAUUGGUCCUUUAGUCACUUUAACUGAUAAGAUAUUAAAGGGGGCCUGUCAUGCUCUUUUUCAGCUCUAUAUUAUUUCCACUAGAGCAGUUUUACCUGAUUUAAAAGUAAAUUAAUGCCCUUACUGUCCUUUCCCGGCCCUUUUUGGAGCUUCUGGGCUAAUCUGCUUAAAAUGAGCCAUUUUAACCCGUCGCUUUAAGGACAUCCCCAUCCCUGAAAGCCCGCCUUCUUCUUAUCGGUCCACUGAUGGGAGCCUGCAGAGGGGCAGCACCAAAAACAAACUGAAGCCUGAGCUUUGUGUGUAAAGGUACAACUUUCACACGUUUUCAUCCCAUUAUUUAAAACUAUGGCCAUGUUUAAAAUAAAUAUCUGGCAUUAAAGUUUAGAAAGGAGUACCAGGAACAUAUUAGGAAAAAAAUGUGUUUGUAUUGUCAGAAUAAAGUUGCAGAAUGAUAUAGGUAUUUCAACAAUAAAGUCAAGAGUUUGAGAAUAAAACUGAAAUAAGAUUUUAAUUUUAAAAAAGUCAAGAUUUUGGAAAUAAGGUCAAAAUUAUGAGGAACAAAGUAAAGCUUAUGAGAGUCAAGAUUUCAAGAAUAAACAAAAAACUAACACAGCAUAAUCGGUCCCCUUUAAGCUUCUGAUGGAUGGAUUCCCAAAUACAAUCAGGAUAAGGCGGAGUUUCUUGUAUUCUUGGUACGUCGUGCUAACACUUUAGCAUGCACCGUGCUGAGUAAUACUUAAAUGUUAAAUUGUUAGCAUCGAUAGAUGGAGGUGUUUUCUUAUCAGUUGAAGAACAAACUUAAAGUCUCAGUGUUUCAGUUUAAUAGUAGCAUGGCUGCAGUCCAGCCGGAGGGGGUUAAACCCACAGAAAUCCUUUGAAUAUGUGUUUGUGGGCGUGGUCAGCUCACGGGAAACGCUUGCUGGACCCGUGACCUCUGUGAGUGCUGCUGUGCACAGUGUUGUACUAUCAGCAGGGUACUGCUGUCAGUAUUCUGGGUCUCCUCCAGUGUCUUCAGUCAUGUAGCAUGUUGAUGUUUCUGCCAGUACCGGGUCUGACCUCCAGGAGGUGCUGCUGCAACAGUUUGCAUGACACGAGCAGAAGCUUCCGGGCCAGAGGGCCGUUCGUGGCUGCGGCAGGCCGAUCGCCAACUGUUUCUUGCAAGCACGUUAUGAUGAUUCCAGCUUUAUUCUUGUAAUAUCAACAGAGGAGGGGCUCAUUACUGCCUCUGUUGGUCGUAAAGCAGAAAACACCUACUGCUGUUAUUUCUGAAAGCUGCAGGUAUAAUAGGUGUUUCUGUGUACGCCACAAGGGGCAGCGCACAGCACCUUUUAUAGCCAAAAACAAACACGGAUUAUAAAAAAUACACCCCAUCGUACUCUUGAUAAUGUUUAUAAGCCACUUUCAUGACAGUUUAAAACAAUAUGAGGCCAUUUUUAAGUAUAUUUUAUCACUUCUCCUACACAGUAUCCAUAACUGGUGUAUUAGCAGUUAAUGACUGAUGAUUAAUGAUGAUUAGCAAGCAUAUUUAGUUACAUAUAAUGGUGUGAUUAUGUUUAUUUUAACUGUUUAUUCACAUAUACAUUGUGCAUUGCAGUGUAUUCUCAGUGUUUUAAAGCAUUUCUUCAUGUAUCAAUAGAGACGCUUCAUAUUAUGUAUUCAUUUAUGUGAUUAUAGCUGAUUAUGGUUAUGAGUAAUUCAUUAAGAGGGGAAAUGAGGUGAUAAAUGCUUGAAAUGUCCUUUAAUCUGUUUAGAACUGCUUCAAAGUGAGUUUGUUAAGGGUUCUGGCUUUAAAGCGGGAGUUUCAUCCUCAGAAACAACUUUUAGUCAUUUCGCUGGCCAGCCGUGGCUGCACUCUGACCUUUCGGGCCUUCGCCAAGAGGCUGUGGUGCCAUUUGUCAUUUCCUGUGACUUCUGAAGGCGUCAGUGUGGUUUAAGAAGAAGAAGAAACAAGUCUGAUGUUUUGGAAAAAGUUCUUUAGAUCUCUUAAUCGUGUGCGAAUCAACAGAAGCAGCUGUGUGAAAACACAAGAAAGGGAGCUAGGCCUUAUUUUCACACAUCUGCAACGAUGCUGCAGACUGAAAAGUAGCUGCAAUUGUUGCUUUGAAGACGCGAAGCCAGGACUGAGUGUUUGGACAGAAACAGACGUGUGUUAAAGUCUUUACACACUUCAUUUAAAGCACACUGAGGUCUUGACAGCUACAGUAAAUAGGUGCAGAUGGUAACACUUCACUUUAAGUGCCCGUAUUUGGCAUUUAAGAGCAGCAUGUAAACAUUUAAUAGAAGUGGUAUUGCUGUACGGCAGCUGUAAGCAGAUAUGAACAUGUAAAUGUGACUAAAAGAAAAAUCUGACUACAUUUCAUGUGUUUAAGCAUUAAAGUUCACUCUUACAGCUGCAUUGCAGUGUGUCACAGACCAUGUGAGGCACAUUUACAUACUUCACUCUGCUUUCCAGUCCUCAAUCUGAUGUGAGGUCGAAGUGACCAUGGCAGCCACAGCCGAAUGCAAACUGGAAUGAGCAGUUCACAAUACGAAGAAAUUAUUUU